GUAGGUUGCUGUUUUAAUGCUUUUAAUGUUUUUAAUGAUGGAAAACAACAAUGGCGGAGUUUGCGCUCUCUGGUCGCAUGAUAGCGCCUCAGAUAAAGACCAUGGUGAACCACCUGGGGACCAGACAGGACACCAGUGAACUGCAGGAUCGGCUGCAGCAGACACAACACUACACCAACCAACUGGCAAAAGAAACCAACAAACACCUGAAAGAGCUGGGAUCAAUCCCUCUGCCCUCAUCGCCUUCAGAGCAAGCUGACGACAACUCUCGGGAUGAAAAGCUUGUGUCCUUUGAUAACCAAGAUGAGUGUGGUCAGAUGACCACCCAGACGGAGGAAGCGGCCAUCACAGAGGAGGACCUGGAACUCAUCAAGGAGAGAGAAACCAACAUCAGACAGCUGGAGUCUGAUGUCAUGGAUGUAAACCAGAUCUUCAAGGACCUGGCUGUGAUGAUUCAUGACCAGGGAGAGAUGAUUGAUAGCAUCGAGGCUAACGUGGAGAAUGCUGAAGUUCACGUAGAACGAGGAACAGAGCAGCUGCAGAGAGCUGCUUACUAUCAGCAAAAGUCCCGGAAGAAGAUCUGCAUCCUGGUUAUGGUCUGCUCCAUCGUGCUCGUCAUACUCGCCAUCAUCAUCUGGUGGGCGUCCAAAUGAGCCGAUGUCACGCAACCAAUGUAAUCGAUUCAGUCCCCUCCCACCUGCUUGGAAUCAAAAGAACAGUAAGAAAAGGCUCAUCCCUGUACCAAGAUCAGUGGAGCACGUCUACAAAGGGCUUGUCAAUGUGGAAAUUGUAGUUAUCUGAAAUAAUCAAGCCUUUGUGUUCCUUUAAGAACUGUAAGAGGUAAUUUAGGAGAACGAGGACUGGGUUGGUGCAGGGGAGCAAUUCAAAACUUGAGAUUCCUAAAUUAGCGUCACUGAUACAUUUCUUCUUAUUAACUGCAUUAACACUAGCUCUCACUG